AUGUUACCAACCCCACCGCAGUCGCCUCCCCCAAUCAUCCCGGCCGGAGAAAUAGUAUCUACUAUGAAGAUUGUAAUUUCCAACAUCACCUUUGUCAUUGAUGAGAUAGUCGCCGAGAUCUCACCUGGCAGGGCAUGUUUUAACAAUGUUGUCAAGCCAUACGUUACAGCUCACAACUCUCAUCAAGGCGAGAUAGGUGUAAUCUUGAUGCUCCAAUAUGCUGCUCCAGAGGCCGAAACUCAAAGUAUUGUUUCUGAAGCUACACGGCUCUGGUCUGAGGCACAAUCUUCCUGGACAUCACGACUUGAUUACUUUCAGCUUCUCCAUGCCGUCAGAAACCGCAAUGAGAAGCUGGAUCCCGAGUCACAAUUCCUGUUGAAUGAGCUACUCCUUGAUUGCCAAGAAUGUGGGCUUGGUCAGAUGCCGCCAGACAAAGUUCAGCAGCACCAGAGAAUUAGCGAGGAAAUAGAAGGGCUCUCAAUGGAGUAUAGGCGGAACAUGGCCCAGAACUCGAAUGGUGCGUGGUUUACAGAGGCCGAGUUAGAUGGCGUUCCAUCUGAUGAUAUUUCUCGCUGGCCUCUUGAGAGCCAUGGCCCAAACAUCGGACUACGGUUUGUUCCAUUCUCAAACGGAGGCACCUUAGCCCUAUUGACUCAUGCAGCGUCGUCAGACGUCCGCAAAAGAAUGUUCAUAGAGGAUCACCAAAAUCUCGAGCAAAACGAGAAACUGCUGCAACUCAUCGUGGCAAAGCGCCAAGCACAAGCAGCCAGACUUGGAUUUCAAUCCCAUGCCGCCUUCAGAGCGCAGAGGCGCUUGAUAAAAUCUCCAGAAGCUAUCAGAGACUUUCUAAACAGUCUUAAACAAGACUUAGUCGAUCUUGGCAAAGUUGAAGUCUAUCGGUUGCAUCGCUGCAAGGAAUCUUCCAGCUCAGAGGAUGAAACAGAAGAGAACUAUACCCUUUCAGCUUGGAAUCAUGCUUAUUACAGUAGAAAACUGGAGGAAGAACGGAACAUAGAUCAUCAUCAGAUAUCUGAGUAUUUUCCAUUGGAUCAUACGGCCGAGGCCAUGCUGGAGGUGUUCGAAUCACUCUUUGGUCUUCAAUUCAGUGAGAUAUCCCAUGCUGACCUAGGAUCCAAACACUUUUGGCAUCCAAUGGUUCGAGCUUUCUCAGUCUGGGAAGAAGGCAAGGGCAAGUUCGUUGGAUAUCUGUUCUUUGAUCUGCUGUGGCGAGAAAACAAGUAUCGUGGCAAUCAGAAUGUCACCCAUGAAUGUGGUUAUGAAAAGCCUGAUGGCACCAGGUGCUACCCUUCUACUAUCUUGAUGUGUUGCUUUCCCAAUAGGAGUGACGGGAGGCCGAUACUGCUCAAGCAUUCCCAGAUGGUGACUCUGUUUCAUGAACUGGGUCACGGGAUCCAUAACCUGUUGUCUAAGACAAAAUAUGCCCGCUUCCACGGCACCAACCUUCCUCCAGACUUUGGCGAGAUGCCGAGCAUGUUGUUAGAGAACUUAUGUUGGAGGCAAGAUAUUUUGGAACGGUUGAGCUACCACUAUACGGGUCUUAGCUUGAAAAAUGCCCAGGAUUGGCGCCAGCGCAACAUAGGAGCUGAAACCCUUCCUGAACGUAAGAUCCCAAGUCAUCUUCUUGAGGGUCUUAUACGAAAUAGGUAUCUGAACCGGGCUAGUUACCACUUAAAACAGCUGUCAAUUUCUCUCUUUGAUCUUGAUAUUCACAGUGUUAGAUCCCAGGAAGAGGCCGAGUCGUUGGCUCUCGGAGAUAGAUUUUACCGACUCCGUGAGGAGUGUGAAAGUUUGGACUUUGGUCAUCUCAAGCAAACGGGACACUGGUACGGCGCAAUUCCGCACUUUGUCGGCGGAUACGAUGUCGGGUAUUACUCAUAUCUCCUCUGCACUGCCUUUGCCCAAGAUAUUUACCAGUCCAUAUUCCAAGACGACCCUUGGGAUAGGCCGAAAUGGCAAAGGUUUAGGUUUAAGGUUUUACAAUAUGGAGGAGGUCAACCAGACAUGAUGGGCCUGCUUCGAGACUUCUUGGGAAGGCCACCUAGUGAAAAUGCUUUUAUCGAGACAUUGAAGAAGGCCAUAAUGGAAGACGAUGCUUUGCACAAAGCUCUCUAA